GGGGGCAGAGCGAGCGCGCGACAGGGAGGAAGAGAAAAAACUCCCAGCAGGCCGAAACGGGGUCACGAACUAUGACCUUUCACAGGAGAAAAACAAUAACAAAUCAUUUGUAUUAACCGCAACGACUGUAAAACUACGUUCAUUAACUUAACAGAAAAACAUCAAGAACAUCCAUUUCAUCUGGGUUGGUACAGGGGAAGUUAUGGAGAGUGGAAAAGCAUUGGAGACAAGAUUUUCAAGGUCCAGCCGUUCAUAACAAAUGCAGCAGUGGCCUUGCACCAGUAAGACACUGCUAAUGACUUUAUGUCAGCAUGACAUCAAACCUGGCGAUGCUGGCUCAGCAGAUAGUGACCACUGAGCACGUAGCUGAGGCAUCUCCGACAGCCAGCCCGGUGAUGAGUGCUUCUCCACAGCGCAUUCAGAUCAUCUCCACUGACUCCUCUGUCACCACGCCACAGAGAAUACAGAUUGUGACGGAUCAGCAGACGGGACAGAAGAUCCAGAUUGUGACGGCUGUGGAUCCAGCCAGCGUGCCCAAGCAGCAGUUUAUCCUGGCUGCUCACGAUGGAACGACAACGGGCAAAGUUAUCCUGGCAUCCCCCAGUAGCCCAAACACUAAGCAGCUCAUCUUCACUACAUCUGACAGCCUGGUACCUGGUCGAAUACAGUUUGUGACAGAUGCAGUCUCGGUGGAGAGGAUUCUGGGUAAAGGAGGGGAGGUGGGCCGACCGCAGCCUGUAGAGUACUGCGUAGUGUGUGGAGACAAAGCCUCAGGGAGGCACUACGGAGCUGUUAGCUGUGAGGGCUGCAAGGGCUUCUUCAAGCGAAGUGUCAGGAAGAGUCUGACCUACAGUUGCCGCAGCAACCAAGACUGUGUGGUCAACAAGCACCACCGCAACCGCUGCCAGUUCUGCCGACUCAGGAAGUGCCUUGAGAUGGGCAUGAAGAUGGAGUGUGCUGUGCAGAGUGAGAGGAAGCCGUUAGACCUGCCCAGAGAAAAACCGGCUAAUUGUGCUGCCUCAACUGAGAAGAUCUACAUCCGAAAGGAUUUGCGAAGUCCCCUAAUAGCAACGCCGACUUUCAUCACAGACAAAGACGGCACACGCUCUGGGUUAUUGGACCCCGGGAUGCUGGUGAACAUCCAACAACCUGUCAUCCAAGCCGAUGGCACUUUACUCUUAGCAACAGACACCAAGACAGAGACCGGUCAUGGGGAUUUAGGCACACUGGCCAAUGUGGUGACAUCAUUAGCCAGUCUUGGCGAUUCACUCAAUAAUGGAGACGGGGACAUUUCAGCCGGUCAGCAGGAGGAGUCUGCUAGUGAAAUCACACGUGCCUUUGACACUCUGGCCAAAGCAUUAAACCCUAACGAGGAGGGGGAGGGGCAGAGCCUGUCAGAGGCAGACUGUGUGGGCGGAGCAACUAUACAGGUCAUCAGCAGAGAUCAGGUCACGCCUCUUAUAGAAGUGGAGGGUCCUCUGCUCACAGACACGCACGUCAACUUUAAGCUGACAAUGCCCAGUCCGAUGCCUGAGUAUCUGAAUGUCCAUUAUAUUUGCGAGUCUGCGUCCCGUCUGUUGUUUCUCUCCAUGCACUGGGCGCGUUCCAUCCCAGCCUUCCUAGCUCUUGGGCAGGAGUGUAACACAUCUCUGGUACGGGCGUGCUGGAACGAGUUGUUCACUCUCGGUCUGGCGCAGUGCGCUCAGGUCAUGAGUCUCUCCACUAUCCUGGCUGCCAUCGUCAACCAUCUGCAGAGCAGCAUACAGGAGGACAAGCUGUCUGGUGAGCGAGUGAAGUUGGUGAUGGAGCACAUCUGGAAGCUGCAGGAGUUCUGUAACAGCAUGGCCAAGCUGGAGACGGACGGCUAUGAGUACGCGUACCUGAAAGCCAUCGUCCUCUUCAGUCCAGAUCACCCAGGCCUGAACAGCAGCAGCCAGAUCGAGAAGUUUCAGGAGAAAGCGCAGAUGGAGCUUCAGGAUUAUGUCCAGAAGACUUAUCCAGAUGACACUUACAGACUGGCACGAACCCUGAUGCGUCUGCCAGCGCUGCGUCUGAUGAGCUCCAGCAUAACGGAAGAACUUUUCUUCACUGGGCUAAUCGGAAACGUGCCCAUUGACAGCAUCAUCCCGUACAUCCUCAAAAUGGAGACCGCUGACUACAACAGCCAAAUCAGCGGUCAUACGGCAUGACUCCAGAGUUGCCCGGUUUGAGCUACAGGUGCAGACUGAAAUCUUACAAUCUCCCAUCAUCACUUGCCUUCAUUGCAAAGCAAUGCAAAAGUUUCUUUUGGACCAUCAGUUUCUUUUUUGUUUCCUUUUGUGUCAAGCAUUUCAUUUUCCUAACAAAGAAUGUUACUUAAUAUGGUUUGCAUUUUAGUUCUCUAAGAGUGAUGCACCAUGGGACUUUGAGGUUUAAAACUCAGUAUUGUUUUAUUUUUCUGAAAAUGGGGAAAAAAAAAAAAAAGUCAAUCAGCUAUUUUUAAGCACUUGUUUUCCAGUCAGAAAUUUGAUGGCGAGAAGGAAAAUGUACCAUAUGCACGCUUUUGUAUUAUUUAAGAUGUGUGUUAAGUAUUUGACUCCAUAGAAGCAUUUUGGUAGUGUAAUGGAAAUCAGUCCGUGUUCGUUUAUGAUCGUGAAAACAACCUCGUCAUGAAUUCUUAUGCAAAAAAAAAAAGUUGCAUGGGUCUCUCUGUAACCUGGGGUCCAAUCUAGGAUCGAUUUUAUUUUAUUCCCCCCCUUUCCUUCUGUAGUGUAAUUUUCCUACACACACUAUGUGUGUGUGAUAUAAAUUUCUCUCAAGUCAAAGUCCCUCUCACCAGAAUCUGGUCUUCCCAGGCAGUCUCCUGUCCCAGUACUAACCAGCUCUUUAAGGCGUAUAGAUGCGGCGCCAAUCUCCAUUUCAAUGGUAACCACGACAGUUUGACUUCCCCACUUGCAUCUAUAUUGCAGUGUACCUUGCCAGAUGAUAGUAAGUACCAUUUUUAUGAUGGUCUUUGGUAUGACCCGACCACAAGUAGAACUCACGAUCUCCUGGUCGAGAGGCGACUAACCACUAGGCCAACUCUCGGUUUUUAUAUUUAAAAAAAAAAAAUAUAUAUAUAUAUAUAUAUAUAUAUAUAUAUAUAUAUAUAUAUAUUAGUAUACACACACAAAAAAAAAGUUUGGACACACCUACUCAUUCAUAGGGUUUUUCUGUACUUUGGCUAUUUUCUACACUGUAGAACAGUCCUGAAGAUAUCAAAACUAUGAAAUAACAUCGAACAUGUAUGCAGUUAUAUGGUAAACAAAAAAGUGUUUAAAAAAAAAGCAGUGUGUUUCAUAUUUUAGAUUCCUCAAAGUAGCCACCGUUUACCUUGAUGACACUUUGCACACUAUUGGCGUUAUCUUAACUAGCUUCAUGAGGUAGUCACCUGGUAUGCUUUUCACUUAACAGAUUUGCCUCAUCAACAGAUAAUUAGUGCAAUUUCUUGCCGCCUUAAUGCGUUUGAGAUCAAAUAGUAAAUAAUAAAAAUUCAAUAAAUAGCCCUUUUCCACAACUGUAGUAAUCCAUAUUAUGGCAAGAAGUAAAGAGAAACAACAUCCAUCGUUAGGUGUAUCCAGACUUUUGACUGGUACUGUCAAAAGUUUAUGUAGGAGACCCUGAAAAACAGGCACUAUUACUUCUAGUUACUUCUAGGAUCAAUUUAGCACUGCACUAAAUUGCAAUGCCGUGGUGAUCCAUUAUUGAAAAUUUGAAGUUUUUUUUUUUUAAAGGUGUGUUUUGUUUUGUUUUUUAGGUUUAGAGUUAAUCUAGGUCAUACAUAUACCUGAUGUAUGUGAGCUCUGAAUCUAUAACUGCUAUGAUCUUGGUAUUGAUUUACAAAACAAUACCUCUGCUGUUCAGACAAUCAGCACAUAAAAGGAUGAUGCACUUAUCCCGGACAUCACAUUUUCAUCACUUCCUAUUAUAAUAUUUCCUCCAUUCUUCUACCCGUUCACUUGUAUUUAUUUGAAUGAUUCCUCAUUUUAUAUCAGUUCCAUGCUUUUUUUCCAUUAAUCCUUACUACUUUGAUUUUAUUCUCAUGUUAUAGGACGAUCGAAGAUCACUCCUCAGAAUUCUGAUCGGUAAAUAAUAUAGUGAGCUUAAGUGUGCCAGCAGGUUUCACGCAACUAGUAUUCCAUUAUGUUUUAAUUUAUUUGUUAUAAACAAGCCAUUGUGGCUCGGCACGUUUUCUGCCAUAUGAAAUCAUGACAGCUAUAUUCUGUGAAACGUACUCAAAGUACAAUCGUGCACUUAUGAAUAUUAUAUGAAAGUGUGAAAGACAUCUAUUUACCCUGAAGGGUGAACUUCAAACAUAAGGAGAUGAAUAUCUACAUAGCGGAAAUGUAUAUGUACUGUAUAAAUCCUACCUAAAUAUUUGGGUUUAAAACCCAUCCAGACUGUUUUUAAUUGCUGUUGUGAUAUCAUGUUCAAUGAGAUUUAUACUACAUGUAAUUUCAUUAAAAUGAAUGCAUGUCUAUUUUAAACAGUUUCAUUUUCUCUGGCAAUGAGAUUUUAAACUUUUUGUUUUUGUAUAUAAUGCAUGGACUAGUUAAUGCAUUUUAUUAAAUGCUGUACCAAGAUGGCGUAUAAAUGUUGUGGCUUAGAAAUACAUAUUUAUCUGCCAGAGACUAAAAGCAAGCAAGUAAUCUCUUUUUUUUGGGGGGGGGGGUUAACUCGUGUACAUUGCAAAGAAACUAAUGACCUCAGUGUCUUGUCAACAAAAGCCUUUUUUAAAAUAGACAUGUAUAAACUAGUUGUGUUGAAUGUGUCCCUUUUUAAUUAGAAAAAGACUAACUAAUGUAACAAAACUGGUGGGUGUUAAAUCAUAUAACUUGCGAUAAGUUAUUGCACUUUUAUAUAUGGAUUAUGCUGUAAAGUUUAAAUUGUUUGUGUAUUUAAAAAAAAAAAGUUUCAUAUUAAUGCCAUUAACUCCUGUCUGUUGCCAUCCUCAAAGUUGAGGGUCAGCAAUCUAGGAAGCAAUCAACUAGCUUCCCUGAAUUCACUUGGGUGAUUAUAGCCCACCAGAGGGACUCAAACCCUCAUCUGGUGGCUGGGUACACACCUCUGGGCAAUUUAGAGUCUGCAGGCCUUUGGACUGUGGGAGGAAACCGGCACACCCAGAGGAAACCCACGCAAGCAUGAGGAAAACAUGCAAACUCCACACAGAAAGGCCCCAGUUGGCUGCUGGGCUUGAACCCAGAACCUUCUUGCUGUGAGGUGACAGUGCUGACCACUGCACCACCAGUAACUUAAAAAAAAAUUAAAUCCAUAAUUUGACAUAAAACCAGUAAUUCAAUUAAAAAUGCUACUGUAUAAAGGAAGAUGGGCGACAGCGUGUAAGUUGGUUCCAUUUGCCAUGGCAUCUUCUUUUAACGUUGUGCAACACUUCAUCUGAACCAGCAAUAAGUAAUUGAUAAGUGACCGAUCUGGUAUGUCUCAAGCUACAGUGUGCUGGAUAUUCCCUUCCUGUGAUGCACACCCUCCUUAUAUUUUCCAAAACAGCGUUGGAGAGAGCGCUAGUUGGGAGUCCCUC